AUGCCAAUAAGCUUUCGACACGUCAAAACAGAAAUUGUCACUGGGUUAUUGGCAUUUUAUGAUCAUACAUCACCAUUAAAACUACGAAUAAAUUCAGAUGCUUCCAAUUUUGGUAUCGGCGCCGUAUUACAUCAAGUCACAUCAAAUGGUAUCCGACCACUACGAUAUUUAUUCCGAUCAUUAACUGCCCGGGAACAAAAAUAUUCCACUGUGGAAGAAGAAGAAUGCUUGGCCCUAGUAUCACAAAACCAUAAAGACGCUAAACGAAAAGAUAUACAUACGGUUUUAAAUCAUCGACCAGGUUUGCGUGAACAUACGGCUCGUAUACGAUAA